AUGGAGCUGGCACGCACUCGCAGAUUUUUAACAUCAUGUAUCAUGAUCUUUUCCUGCAUCAACAAAGGUCCGGCUACGGCCAUUCUCGUGACCAGCUCACCAACAGCGGUUGCCACGCAGCAGCCUGCAACAACUGACCAUGUCCAUCUCCUUCUCCAAGUCCAAAACUACCUCCUCCAACUGCAGUCCACUGCUGUCGACCACAAACAGCUUCUGAUGACCGUCAAGGACAAAAUAAACGACCUUAAGGCCACCGACGAGUACCUGAGACAAAACCUGACCCAACAAGGGCAAACCAUCAAUCUUCAGUCCAAAAAGCAGCAAGAAAAGCUCGAUGUUGUCGAUCAGAAAACUGUAAACAUAACAGAAAUUUUGAAAGAUCUGGAGACGGCCAUAUCUGAAUUGCAGAAUGGAACAAUCAAGCAACGAAUAAUUACAAAAACAAUCGAAAAAGAGUUGUCCUUUUUGUCCAACAAUUUGACCAGUUUUCAAACAGUUCUCGAAGGACAGGUUCAACAAAAUAAUCGACAGGAAGCGCAGAUGAAAAUCAUGGAACUUGCUCUUCAGCAUCAACUGUCUCUGAUUACAAAACUGGAAGAAAAGGGUGCCACUUUGACAUCUACUGUUAAUAACUUGACAGACGCGGGCGUGUUUGGAUUUACCAGAUAUGGGACGUCAUUAUAUCGGCUGGUCAACGUGGCCGCAACGUGGGCUGAAGCAGAAGUCAACUGUCAGUUGCUACAUCCCGAGGCCCACCUUGCCACUGUGGAGAGCGAGAACGAAAAUAAAUUUAUACUGGGUCUCAUCAAGAAAGAAAAAAAAGUCACAUGGUUUGGAGGAAGUGAUGCGGUGACCGAGGGCCAGUGGAGAUGGUGGAAUAAAAAACUCUUCACAUACACAAACUGGGGAGCUGGACAACCAGACGACCAUAAAACCGGAGAGGACUGUGUAGACAUACUGACAGACGGCAAAUGGAAUGAUUCCCCUUGCAACUAUAAGCGACCUUUUAUAUGUGAGAUCGAUUCUGCAUAG